GGCUUGUGUAUGAGUCCUGGCACCAGUCUGCCCUGUAAGCAGUGAAAGGUGGAGAGAUUUUCACCAUCACACACUGUGACUGUCACACGCGCACACACGCACGCAGCUUCAGACCCGGGACACAUCGAGACGUAACAGGACUAUGGACCUGAGCCUACGCGAUGCACUGGGUGGGGGUGGAGGUGGGGUCCCAGGUGGGGCCCCUGCUGAAGCCCUGCUCAAAAGAGACUUUGUAGCCACGCUGGAGAAAGAGAGCUAUGAUGACAAAGUGGGAGAAUCUGUCUCUAAGAGCGACUACCGACCUUUACUGGAUGGAAAGGACCCCAAGAGUGGUCCAGGGAUGAUGUCAUCAAUGAUCUCUUCAGGGGGACGCCAAGACCCACCAGGACAGCCUGCCUUCAGCUCCGACUACAUGUCUGGUCCUAUCAUGGGUGGAAGAGCAGAUCAGUGGAGCCUGAACAAGACGAAGGACAGCAGCGUGCCUGACUCAUUUCUAGGCUUCUCUCAGUCUGGGAUGGGAGGGACCAUGGGGUCCAGCAUGCCGCCAUUCCAGACAAGUAUGAGCUCCACUCUGGGCCAGACUGGGAUUGUGUCAGCUAUGGACACUCAGAAGAGUUCAGGCUUGUUUGGCAUGGAUAACAAAACCACCAGUAACACCAGUGGAAGCAGUCCAUUUAAAACCGGUGAUAUGUUCUCUUCUGGUGGCCCAGGAAUCCACUCUUUGGAUCAUUCUACAGCUGCCAUCCUCUCUCCCAGCGGCUCAAUGGAUGACAGCAGUCCCACUUCCUCCAACUCCGAAUCUCUCAGCCCUGAGAGAGUGGGGCUGGGGGGCGAGGCUGGAAAGCAGCAGCAGAGACGGAAGAGGAAGAAGAGGAAGGGCCACGAGGAGGUCUACAACUUCUUGGAUAGCGAGGAGUGUAACAUCGGCCAAUCAGACAAGCAUGGGGUGCUGGAUAAGGGCGGACAGGAGGCGGAGGAGGACGAGGAUGAGGAGGAGAACUGGGAGUGGGAGAUCAGAGAGAGUGGAGGAGGGGGUAGAGUGAAAAGCAAGAAGACUAAGAGUAGGGCAAGACUUCCAGAGGAGUGGGGAGCGCCCCAACUGCCCAUCUCUACAGUUGCACUUACCGGCAUUACAGUGACCAAAUCUGGCCCCUCUGACUCCAAAGCUCCAUAUUACAGCCCUAACCCUGUUUUGCCCUCUGCCCCUGAAAAAAUACCCACAAGUUUCACCAACCAUUCCCAUGCUAGUCUUGUAACAGAUUCAUCUCCACGCUCCUACGAACCGAUGUGUGUAGAUGAAUUCCCUUUGUCUGCUAAAGAUGGCCCAAACGCAAACGUAGAGAAAGUUUCAACAUGCAGACCUGAACCUAACUCUAGCUCAGCACCCAGCCCUGCCUGCAAGACUAGUGUCGCAGGGGAUGUUAGCGGUAGUCUAGCAUUAAUGACAGGGGACAAUCUGAGCCCAGUCUCCCAGACCUUCUCUUUCCUGGAUUCAGUCCUCCAGACCCCUCCAGGCUCCACUCCUGACUCACAGACCACCACCCCUCUCACCAACACCCCCUCCCUUGCUACUUCUGCCCUGACAAAGUCCACCCCUACAGAAACCAUCAUCCCUGCCUCACAAGCCAGUUCUAUUUACAACCCCUUCAAGAGCACUCCAGACCUUCCUCCUAGUUCUGCUUUGUCCACCAACCCAUCACCCUUAGCUGCCACAGUCACUCACCCUCCAACAUUUGCAGUUGGAUCAGCCCUCAAUGUUGAUGCCAAGCCUUUUGUCCCCUCAGCUACACUCAUGUCCUCUUUAGCCUCCCCAGGAACCACUGCUGAUGUGCCCACUAUUCCCUCAGCCAUGCCCCUUAGUUCCUCAGCUCCUCCCUGUAAGAAUGAAGGCAGUCCUACAUCAUCACAAGUCACUCCCCCUAAAAGUGUAGCCCCGCCUGUUAGCCAAGCUACAGCCACCCCCCUGCCCUCCAUCACCCCCGCAGUCCUACCCUCUCUCCCUGCACACUCAGAGCACCAGGAGUCCUCGUCGUCACAGCGCUCCCCACUGGAAGUGAAAUCUGACAACAAGGACAAGCAGGAGAAGACAGACAGCGUGUCCAUGAAGGUGGAUAAGAGUGACACCUCUGACAAGAAAGAGAAAGAAGAGCAGCAGAAGAAGGACAACGGCCAGGACAAGAACCAGAAGUCCGAGAAGAUCGUCAAAGAUGAUGAAAAGAUUGAGAAGAUGAACGCAGAGAAAAACAACAAGGCCAACGAGAAGGCAGAAAAGGUGGACAAGCCAGAGAAGACUAACAAAGAUGAGAAGAAGGAAGAGGAGAAGAAGCCAGCUGAGAAGAAGGAGGAGAAGGGAGGGAAAGGAACAGCCAAGUCUCCAACAGGCAAUGGCAACAAGACUCUGCCAAGCCCUGACAGCAAGAGCAAGCCUGAUAUGAGUUCAACUAAACCAAACUCAUCCAAAUCCCGCCCAUCCACCCUCUCCACCAAUGGUGAGGCCACCUCAGCCAAACGCCCCUCCCCCACUACAGCCAAUAAAAAAAGCCCUGUACCCAAGGCGCCCACACCCACUGCCGCCAAGCGGCCACCAAUGGCAACUGGCUCAGCCAAGGCUGCCAGGACUCCAGAAAAUGGGACAGCUGAGAAACGCCCUGUGCCAAAGGCCACGUCCACUCCCCGUGCUCCUGCCAAUAAGAACGGCUCGUCUGUGACUGCUGCAAACAAAACUGCAGCGACCAAGAAUGACAAGACUGAGAACAAGACAGGGGAGCCCAAAAAACCCAAGACUACAGCCCGCCCUCGCCCGGCCUCUACUAUCAUUUCUGCUACUCCGGCUGCAUCCACCAAUGGUGAAGCCACCUCCAGUCACCGCCGCCGGGUCAUCACCAAACCCCCAGUUCCCAAGCAAACCCCAAUGGAGAAGAAGCCGCCGGUGCCCCGUGCUCCUCGAACCCCCCGGCCCAUCAAUGCUCCAACACCUGACCUUAAGAACAUCCGCUCCAAGAUUGGAUCCAUUGACAACAUCAAGUACCAGCCUGGUGGGGGAAAGGUCUCCUCCACCCCGAACAACAAGGCAUCAGACCCCUCCACCCAUGCUGCCAAGGCCAGAGUUCAGAUAGUGCACAAAAAGCUGGACUUCAGCCAUGUCACGUCUCGCUGUGGCUCCAAGGACAAUAUCAAACAUGUCCCUGGAGGUGGCAAUGUGCAGAUCCUGAAUAAGAAGGUCGAUGUUAGCAAGGUCACGUCCAAAUGUGGCUCCAAGGACAACAUGAAAUAUAAGCCAGGUGGGGGUGAUGUGAAGAUUGACUCCAAUAAACCGAACAUUAAAACUAAGUCUAAGGUUGGUUCCAUGGACAAUGUUGGGCAAGGCAACGGACAAGCCAAUGGACACAAGGAGGAGAAAACAGAGGAGAAGGUGUCUUUACUCCCAGGUGGAACAACAGCACCAGGAGGUGUUGCUAAGGAGAAUGGGGUGAAGGAGCCUACAACUACUCCUUUUGGAGGAGACGGACUCAGAGAGCCCCUGAGCAUAGACAAACGCAUCACUGAGACAAAUUGAGUCCCAAUGACCUGUAGAUUGUGGUGGGAGACAUGUGGCACCUGCCGACCCGCCAAUCAACCAACCAACCGACCUACCACGGCGCAGUCACCUCCCUCUGGCCCCGCUCUUCAUCUUGCCCACCGCAGCACCGGACUGACCAAUUGCCUCUCAGUGUUUCUCUGGGGUCCGCCAGCCAGCUUCCUGCUACCAACCCUGACCUUUGACCUGUCAGUGCCCUUGGGUUGACCUUUGGCCCUGCCUACCACAGAGAAGACAAGUAUACUGAGCAUAGCCAGUUUAUAGAACAUGCACAAUAGAAUAUUUCCACACUUAUAACGCAAAGAUCCUGUCCCAAAUCCCCUCUCACAUACCUACAAUUCAAAACCACGUAGAUCUUCCAAACUUGUUAAAACACAUUCGCUAAGACUACUAUUUGCUUCUGAUCCAUCCCUGGUCCAUUCCCACUCCAAGCCUCAGACAGCACUAACCAGCUGAGGCCCAGCCUCCCAGUUGCCAGCAAUUCCUUCCAAAUCUGCAGUAUCUACAACACUGCACGUUCUCUCAUUAUUUAGGUAAUUCUACAGCUCACUCAUUAAACAAUAUCUCCAACUACAAUUCUUGGUAUCAAUGCACCAGCUCGUCUCCCCCUAAUAUUAAAAGGAAGCUUCUUAUCAUGGACUAUUAAUGUCAUGAUGCUCACAAUUAGCAGUGAAGGCACAUGUACAGUUAAGAGGAAACAUUUGGAGAGAUCAGUAAAGACAACUAAAGAUAGAGGUUAAAAUUACUGGAGGAGGUCAGUUCAGAUAAUUAAGAUGUCAGACAAUUUUGGUGGUUUCAUUCAUAGAGGCAAAAGUCAUAAUGGGCCAGUUUUUGUUUUCAUUAAGUUCUAGUCAGUGAACUUUUGACCAGUAACCCAACGUCUUAACUGUGCUGUCCUUUGAGGAAUCAGAAAGCACGAGUCCAGAAUGUCUGAAGCUGUCGUAGCUAAACAGCUGCAAUACAUAAUUUAUUCCUAUUUACCCACCUUUGCUGGAGCAAAAAAGGAAUGGUUGCAGAAAGUUAUGAGACACGUAUUGUGUGAACAUAUUCUCCAAUUAGCAACUGUGCUAGCAAUGUUAUAAACUGUCAAAUAGCAGGCUAUCUUAAAGUGGUAUGACACCUCUUUAUUAAGUGAUUAAAAUAAUGUACAAUCCUAAGAGACAAAAUGCCAGGGGAAGUGAACAGCAUCGUGAAGACAAUAUGGAAAAAUCCUCAGAGCUUCUUAGGGUCUUAACAGUUAGCUAUAGUAGUUUACCAGUGAGCUCUGCUAUUAGUCCUUAUGUCACCAAGCUACAUAGAGCAUAGCAUAGUUCUGGAAGAUGCACAAGUGAAAUUGAUCAUGCCACUUGCUGGUGUGAGUGGGUCUUAAUUCACUACAAUACAAUAUUUUUCAUCCGUCAUUUGAAUCCCCAUUAGCUUCCACAAAGUAGUCGGUACUUUCUGCAACACGAUAGCUUGAAUCCUUCUCAGUACAUCAGGGUAUGCACACAAGUCUGUAGAAUAUAUUACCCACCACUGGAGAUAUUGAGUGUAACAGCACUGUUUAAUGCUACUUGUUGAACCUGUAACACACUGGUUUGGAUCACAUGGUCUUAGCGCAGAUUCAUAAACCACUAUGGAUGCAGCCCCAUUCAGGUUGGGUUGAUGAAAGUAUUUUAAAAAAUGACAAAAAAAAAAAGCUUCUAAACAACCAAGCUAUCUCAAUGUGACACUUACAAACCCUUGACAUAUAUCUCUGAAUAAACUUACAUACUCAUAUCUCAGUAUUGCAUAAAGUUUGAGGGCAGUAGACCCUUUAGUCUUUUUCAAUAAGACUAUUUCUGUCGCAAAACAUUCAACCUGGUUCUCUUGCACCAUAAUUCUUUGGUUCCUACACUGUCUAAUAGCUUAAUCCCAAACCUCCCACGAAUCCCACAAUGCCACUCAAGCGUCAUAGACUCUUGACCUGAGCAGUCAUCCUGAGCCGUGUCUAGCAUUUACAGUUCACAUGUGGCUAUUAGAGACAGAUAGACACAAGCACCUUCCUCCUCUUGGAAUCCACUCUGUGAGACCUGUCAACUUUCUUCAUACACAAACACACUUGCACAGAAGCACAGAUAUUUACAGGAACGCACACACAUGCUUGUUGGUGUGCAUGAAUACAUACACACAGACAAACACACACAUAAACAAAUGAGCACCCUAAAAUAAAAACUAAAUGCUGUUCAUAGCCGCAUUUCUCUGUUCUAGACGGAAAUCAACUCUUUGCUGUGUUUUGGUGGUCUAUGCUGAUAUUUCUAAAAACAGUGAUGAGCUGUGUUGGUGUGUUGUUCCUAUCAUAGUUAUUGUCGGACAUUUUCACCAUAGGCUGACCUCAUCCUGCCUCUGUCUUGUCUUGUUUCCUCGACUUGUGUGUCACCCCAACUCUCUGGCAGCAAUACAGUGAUCUUAGCUGGGUAUACUUCCUGUUACCCACGCAUGCACACGACAUACAGACAGAGAGGGAUGGACAGAGACAGGGAGCAACCAAUGGUUAACAGGUAGUUAAGAGAGGAACAAGUUUGCUUGCUGGAACAAUUUUCAAUCAAAGAGAAUAAUGUUACAUUCAUGGCAAGUCUGAAGUAGGCAAAUUCUUUGUAACUUAUUAGUGAUUUUGAGCUACGUAGCAAGCUGCUUUGACAACUGCAGAGUAGCAUAUGGUCUGUCCAAGCUAUCUAUAUCUCUGGCAUACAUUGACUCAUCACCUGUAAUGUAAAUAGAUGGAAGGAAAUUGCUUUUUAAUGCUUUUUUCACAUUUUUGUUCAGCAUUUUUCUUGUUUUUUGUUUUAUUGAGGUUAUCACUGGCUAUAUCAAACAACAACAAAAAAUAAAGUCAAACAUUUUAAGCAUCAUUUUACUACACUGGACAGCAGGAACUGCCCAUUGCCAAAAUACCAUGAAAGAAGCAGUAUUUCAGCAAAGCAGAACCAAGAAGGGCCUGCAGAUACUCUGGUCUGGAUCAUCUUCUGGGGCUAGAGGUUGUAUUUCUAGUGAAAAAAAAUCUGUUUUUGUAAAAUAGAGAUCCUCAUUUUAAGCGAUAAAAACUAGUUUAUUUUAUUUUCUUUAGCACUGUAGUUCACUCAGAAAUUCUAAAUCAGUGGUUGACGAGUGAAAAACCAGUGCAUAUUAUUUUAGGAAAUCACCUAAAUUCAGUUUUGGCACUUACUUUAAAACAACACUGUGAUGUGACUAUGAUUUACAGACCAAAAGCAUUGUUAUGUGUCACACCAGUAAAAUUAGUAGAAUUCGCCAUCUUAUCAUAGAAAGCUCUGUCUACUCACUGUAAUUCUAUGCAUUGUGCAUUUAAGAAUGCUUGGUUGGUCUCUGCUGAAACUAUGAAGGAUUACUGACGUGUUUGUGGGUUUUUGCCGUAGUUGUCAGAUGUGUGAAGUGUUGCUACUGCAUCCAUCCUGUAGAGAGUGCUGCUUAGCCUCUGGAACACUGAGAGUCUGGCUCUGAGAUUUAACAAAGGCUUACUGAGAAACCUUACAUCACCAAAAGCUUCAGUAGAUUUACAUACAGUUCACAUUUGAACCAGCUUCACUGACCACACUAUAUUAUUGUCUCUGGAAUACUAAAUACAUUCAAAAUCAUAUUAAUGAUGUGUAGUUCCCCAUAAAACUCAAACGUCUUGUGCACUUUGAACACAGUCUUGUUCAUUCAUUGAUGCAGUGAAGUGAUAUUAAAGUUGCUUUACUGUAUAUUGGUAAAACAUUGUCAACUGUGUAGUGUACAUGUGAGCUUUGGGAGCAAAACAGUCUUGGUAGUUAGAUAGUAAUGAUAAUCAAAGAGCAAGUGAUCAACAACAAAGUCUAGCCAACUCAAAGUAACAUGUAAACAUAUUUAAUAUUGUACUAUUCCCUCCAAAUCAUCCACAUGAGUUGCCUCAAAGCGAAACACAAUAUGUGACAUUUGUGUGGGUCAUAUGUAAAGACGAUAAUGUGAAUCUUUCUUCAAGAAUAGAAGAAUGAAGGGAUGAAAGCACUUUGAUAGGUGUAGACAGUGGUUUGUGUAUAUAAAAUAGGAACAAGUUGUAGUCUUAAUAUGUAUGUUACCAUAUGACAGGAUGACCUGAUGUUGUGUAUCUUAGAUGACACAGCGGUGCCCGUUAAUCUUGGUCAGAUUUGAGGAUUGGAGUGGAUUUUAGUGGUCAUCAGUGUUGUACUGUUGGCUGUGAUGGUUUAACACUCAACUCUCCAGUUUGUCCUCAUGUUGUACCUGUCAACAUUCACUGGUUAUUACUGUCUGAUCAAGCUACAAAGUCACAUUUCCCUAGUGGGCAAGGACCAUUCUGAGCUUUGAGGAGCCUUAUUUGGCACUUUUUAAGAGGACCAGCAUCAAAACUGCUUCUGCAGACUGUUUUGUCAAGUUGAAUUUCAACCCUUUUGCAUACAGUAUUUUAAAUAAUUAUAAAUGAUUUUCAUUAUCCUCAAACAGUGGGAACUUGAAGUUCUGCAUCGUUAAUUCAUUUCAGUGGGAAGUAUCCAAACCUGUGAAGUUUAUUAUGCAACCUGUAAAAUAGACAAGAUGAUGCACUUUGCAUGCAACAAUUCUGAAAGAUUAAAAGCAUGGUUUUUGUUUAGACAGCACGUGAAUGACAUUAGCCAGAAAAGCUAACAUGUUUUUGAAAAAGAUACUUAUGAUGAUUUUGAUUUAUGGAUUUACAGGCAACAUAGUUAGUUUGUAUAACUAUAUACAAUAUGUGUGAUUUAAGACACAUCAUAAUGAAAAAAAACAAAAACAAAACAUUUUAACUGAUAUCUUUUAUAAAGUCUUGAAUAACCAAAAUUAAAGGUUCAUUUUGAAAAGAAAAAUUCAAAUUGAUAUUGGCCAAAUUGACGUUAUCACAUUUUAAAAAGUCAAUAUUUGUAUCGGCUUUAAAAAUUCACACUACUUGGCAUACUUUAUAGCAUACAGUAUGCCAAGUAGUGUGAAUUAGCAUACAGUGUAUGCUAAAGCAGUGGCAGGGAGAGCUAUGUAGUAAAGGUAAUUAUGUUUCCAGUAUACCCUAGAAUGUUCAGUAAGGACCACUUACCUCUUAAAGUUAAGAUGCAAUUUAACCACAGAGGGCAUGUCUAGGUUUCUGACUAUAUUCAUGCUUUUAGUACUCAUAGUUAACGUUGUAGCUCUGCAGCUUGGACAAAUGGUAAUAACCAGAUUUACUCGGAUGCCCAUUCACAACCCUUUGAUUCCCCAGUUAUUGUGCUUGAAUACCACCCUUCCACUAGUAUCUCACACUGUCCCUUGUAUAUAGUUUCCACCAUGUUUUUAUCACUCCAGAAGUAACUCAAAUAAAUAAGAAUCUAAAGAAAAAAAAGACCAAAAAAAUCUUACUUCAUAGCAGGGUGUUGUGGAUGUUGACAGAUGAGCUUUCAUGUUCCUAAAACUCUUACCAUAAAGGUUAAUAAUGGUAUUAUAAUUAUAAGGUUGAAAGCAUAAGAAAGGAAAGGUGUACUUUUCCUUCUCAGUGUCUGCCUUUUUUCUUCCAAGAAAAGGGCUGCUGAAGUUUCAAGAAUGUUUUUAAAAUGUAUUAAAGAUGCAAGAUUAUGAAUACAUGUAUGAGGUUUGUUUCUGUUCCAUUUGGGAAGAUAGAUCAUAUAUGGAAACACUGUUUACCGCAUUCAAACUGACAGGCAGGAAGGGAGGCAGUGUGUGUCGGGUUUUGUAUGGUCCAAUACAGUAAGUGACUGUGCAGAGGCAUUACAGAAGGAAAACCUGAAAUCAGAAAACAUGGUGACAUCCCUCUGAAUGUUUUGGCAAACCUGAGUUUAUCUAAACAGAAGGAAACAAUCUGAUUGGUUUCCACCUUGGUUUGAAAAGCACCACGGUGCAUGUGACAUCUGACACACACUGGUCGGCCUUUUCUCCUGCCUUCCACCACCCCCCUCUUCGAUUAACCAGACUUAGUCUUUUGGCAUGUGGUAGAAAGUAAUGUUCUGUAUUAGACAGCUCCUAUAUAGACACCUUGACAUACCUACCAACACUGGGCUGAAUUUAGGAAAGUUUUGGACCAAAUUAUCCUCUCAGUGUCAAUAACAAAGUCUGACAAUAAUGGAAACAUUUGGCCUAAAUUGCCUACAAAAAAAGCAUAGGAUACAUCAAUUAAUGUUAAGUUCAAACAUAAAUUAAGUAGAAAAACUUAAACUAAACAUAAACUUUUCCUGAAAGAGAGGUGGCUAACUGCCUGAAAUGUAACUGGGAAAAAGGGUAAAUCCAGGAUAAACGGGAGUGUUGGUAGAUAUGCACCUGGAGCCCUUAGCUGUGUCUCCCACCUACAGAGGCUCUUCAGCACCACAGCACUUGAAAGUAGCGAGUUCUCCUUAACCACAUAUAAACAGCAACUACCAGAUGCUUGUCUAGUAAAACCAAUAACCAUUUGUGUUAAUCAUUCCAAGAAAGCACAACAUUAUGACUCUGUGCUGUUUUGUACACAUGAAGUAUUAUAUUAGUUCAAUUUAUUAGAGAGUUUCUGUUUAUAUGAAUCAAAUGUGGUCAUACCUUUUGCGAUGUGCAAUUCCGUCAUUACAAAUUGAAAGGAAACAAGCAAAAUAAUCUACUCUCCAGUACUGUGGAGUUGAUCCACUGUAGUGUGUGCUGUAUUAUUCUUUAGGGCACAACACCAUUGCAAGAGCAUGCAGAAGACAAUAAACUAACUCCUGGUUGUUAGAGGCAUCAGUCCUGUUAGAUAGAGCUCAUCUUCCCCUCCAACUCUGAAUAUUUGGUAUGAAAGAGAUGUUCAUUGUGAUUAAUUGUUAACCAGUGAUGUGAAUAAUAAUCAUUCAAUAAAAAGAUGAGCAAAGCACAGUG